CUAUUGGUACGCAGAAUGUCGAUAGAACGGAGUUUUUUCUUUUAUAUCUCAGAUAUGCGAUCAAUAUUUGUUUGGCUUGGUGCUCUUAGCAUCUGUUUAAUUGGUAGUGCAGCGCCCAGAGCAUAUAUAGAAGAUAAUGGGCUAUUCAGCGUGCCCUUUGGUCUGAAAAACAUAGUCGAAGGCUCUAUUUUUAAUUCAGUCUCUGGUCUGGCAGAAAAAGGAGUCAAUACAGUCUUUAAAUUGGGAUCCGGCAUCGUGGAAUUCACCUCCGAUUAUUUGCAGUCAGAAUGUAUGAGAAUGGUACAACUCAUGGCCGUACCAGAGCAUAAAAGUCCAGACAUCAAAAACAUGCAAUUUCACUACAUGACAACAUGUGGCAGCUAUAAAGUACCUAUACUGGAAGCAGACACUCUCUGGGAGCAUCAACAAUUUCAACGGAAUCGCAAAUUGGUCGUUCUAGCUUCUGGAUGGAUGAACACGAUUAACUAUUCGCAUGCAAUAGAAACGAUAUGGAUGCCUUUUAUGUGUCGACCCGAUGUUAAUUUUGUGGCUGUAGAUGUGUCUAGUUAUGUAGAUACGCUUUAUACAUGGUCCGCCCUAAACACGGAUAUGAUAGGCAGGCACAUUGCCGUUGGCUUAGCGAAAUUAUAUGAUAUGAUGCCAUUGAUCGAUAUUCAUUUGAUUGGUCAUUCGUUGGGUGCGCAUAUUAUGGGGUCGGCUGGGCGCGAAUUUCAGCGACUCACUAAACGACAGGUGCCUCGCAUAACUGGUCUGGACCCUGCCAAGCCCUGUUUUCUAAAAAGAUCAAAAUUUCGCAGUUUAACCAAGGGAGAUGCCAAGCUAGUAGAUGUUAUACACACAAAUCCUGGCCUUCUGGGACAGCGUUUUCCAACUGGAGAUGUUGAUUUUUACCCAGCAGGUGAAGAUGCCCUUAAGCCCGGUUGCUUGUUCAUCGAUUGCUCGCACAAUCGUGCAUACCAAUAUUUUGCCGAAAGUGUUUAUCCACGUCGGGAAAGAAGCUUUUUGGCCUACAAAUGCAGCUCAACUAAAGAGCUUGAAACCAAAACCUGUAGCUCCUCAGAAACUACAAUGGGAUAUACGAUUGAUUGGGCCGCCAGAGGGGUCUACUAUCUCGAUGUGAGGGGCGCGAGUCCGUUUGGCAUGAAUUCGGAAUCAGCAAGAAUAAUGGAUUUGAUGGAUAAAAGCGAUAAUUGUAAAUGCAAGGAUUAAGCUAUAUUUUUUUAUUCCUUCUGCCAGCAUGUAAAAGAUCGCCGAGUUCAGAAUAAUAUAUUGUCGUUGUUGUGUUCAACAUUGCA